AUGGAAAAUUUGUAUCAAGACGAACUUUACGAAUUAUGUAAUACCAAAUAUGUAACGAAUAUUGAAAAAGAAGGCGAAGAAAUUAUUGAAACAAUUCGAUCUGUUGAUUCGUUUACACAAAAUGAACCACUUUUUAUGCCUCCAAAUUUGUCAAAUGAAAUAUUGGUUGAUGAUUUGGUUGAAGAAUUUUGGAAAAAUUCGAAAAUUUUUGAUGAUGAAGCUACUUUUUUAUUGGCAUCACUUCAAUCGGCAACAAAUGAACAAUUGAAAAAUUGGCAACUUUGGAAAAAUUAUUAUCGUCAAAGUUUGAAUUGGAAUGAAACAAGUCGAUGUAAGGGUUUUUGGAAGGGAAUCAUAUGAAAGCAAAAUAAUAAAAAGUUACAGUAAUCUCCUUCGAGUGGAGAUUACUGUAGCCACGAAUGUUUGUGUUUAGGCGCAGGCUUUCAGACUGCGCCUAUUUGGGCUUGGGAUAGUUUUUCGAAAUUUUUGUUUGGGUCAACGCUUUUCCAGUUUGAUCUACACCCCAAAUUUCUAAUUGUCUUCAAGCCUUCAUUUACCAUAGCUGAAAUAAGGUCUAGAAUUUUCGAAAUAAUCUCACAUGGAAUUUUGCACUGAUUUUAUGAUUUUGAUUUUAAAAAUUUAGCAAUUGACAUCAUAUGGGUCAGAAUUACUGAAGAUUGAGUUCCAAAAAAAUCCGGCUUUUCAAAAUUUCUAUGUCAAUUUCCAUAUUUUUCAGUGACCGAACUUGAUUUGGUGAAUUAUUUAAUUCGAACAACAAAUCGUCGUCCAUCAGUUCUUCAUAUUAAUUGUAAAAGACUUAUCGAAACGGAUAUUUCAAAUACAAUUCAAAAAUGUCUCACAUUUCAUCCAAUGUCUGGCGAAAAUUCACUUUUCCGAGUUUCUAUCAAAACUGAUAUGCCACUUCAACAACUUUUGGGUCAACUUGAACAAUUAAAGAGAAAUACAUUUGGAUUCAAAGUUCAAAAAGGAUUAGUUACUGCAGUUUUGAAACAAGAUAAUAUUUCACACAGAUUUUCAACGGAAGAUUAUGCAUCUUAUUCAAAUUAUGAAUAUUUAUUAGCACUUCCUGGAAUGUGUGAAAUGAGUUGUUCAGUUCGAUUUAAAUGUAUCAUUGAUAAUAAUCCAAAUGUUGUUGUUAAUGUUGUUUUUCAUAAUGAACCAAGUCGUGGAUUGUUAAAAGGAAGAAGAGUUCGAGUUAUUGAUAUUGAACAAAUUGUAAGAGCCAAAAAACGAACAUAUGUUACAUUUGCUCCAAAAGAUCAACAUAUUAUUCACGAAUUCGAAAUUCCAGAAGAUUCAUUAUUUAUUCCACUUUCAAGAUCCAAAAAACAAACUAUCGAUUUGUUGAAAUACAUGGAAAAUUUGAAAAUGACAAUUGAAACGACAAAAUAA